GUACUUUACAUUCCAGUGUUGUGAUACUACAUUUUAUUUGAACAAAGUUUUUUUUUGUCAUUUUACUAUUUAACUUUUUUUUUCGUCGUCAAAGAUGGUCGUGAAACUGUACUGUGGUGACUGCGCGUCCCUGAGCGUUGCAGGCAGCAAGCGCUCGGCUUUGUCGGCUUCCGACGCCGAGUGUUUUUCGCUGUGCCUGGGCGCCGGGCCUCUGUGGUGGUCCGAUGUCCCUGCUCAUGGCUCGGCACCGCCCGGAGGGGUGAGCAGCGGGGCUUCGAGCCCCGCAACCCCAUCCACCCCCACUCACGACGACAACAACCGUGACUUGUUGAGCGCCUUGCUAUGGGCCAGCGCGAGCUCGUUGGCGGGCAGCGCGGAGAGCCUGGCCGAGGCCGGUUCACCGCCGCACACCCAUCCCGCGCUGCAGCCGGAGCGACGUGAAGCGGUAAUAAGCAAGAUAUUGGAGCGUAAAGAUCGUCAACCAGUGAAGAUUGAAUUCAAGAUUUUCCUCACUGAGAACACUGUCACUCGCUGGGAAGCUGUGGUGCAAGGUAACACCAUCUACUUGCGUAUGCCGGCAGUACUGCAAUCCGGAAGUAAGGAGAGCUUUAUGCUACUCCUGGACUUUGCAGAAGAACGACUUGGCUGCAAUAACUGCAUCAUCUGCGUGCUGAAAUCCCGGCCGGACAGAGCAACAGUCCUCCGCACGUUCAUGUUCAUGGGCUUCCAGCUGCUUGCCCCCACAUCGCCCCUCAUGCCGCAAGAGAUCAACAACCCCGACUACGUCUUCCUGCACUACAACAUGCAAUAGACUCCCUCAUCCUUCCAACGCUCUAGCACCGCUUUCCCAAGUACAUUUACUUCUUUAUCAUAUAGUAGUUUGCGGCUGUUUAAUCUUUGACAAGUGACAGCAAGUAUUAUAUACCAUAGAGUAGUUAUGUUCAAUUUAAUUAUGAUGUUUGACAAACUGUUUGAUCAAAUGUUUCAUACAUUUAUUUGAUUAUUAAAUUAAUUUUAAUGACAAAUUAUCUCAUAAAUGAACGGACAAUUUGAAUCAAAUGUUUGACAAACUAGGUUGGAUUCAUAUAACAUUCAUAUCCUAAUGGUAUUACAUUUUAUUCAGUAUUCGAAGAGCUGUCACAUGGUCGUGGGGAAAUUUUGAAAGAGCACUUUUAAUUGUAAAGUAUUGCUUCGCGCUUGCUUAUAGUGGUUUCGGUAAAGUUUCAACAAGUCUCCUAGCGUUUAGAUGUUUAGUAUGUAUUCCUAUUAUGUAGAUUGCUUAUUGAUUUCCUUUAAAGGCAUUGAACUAAAUUAUAGAAGUUUGUCACAGUUAGAUCAACAUUCUCGUAGAUUUUGCUUAAAAUUUAGAAUCGCAAAUAUUUCAUUGUCUUAGAGGAAUCAAGAAGCUUUUUUAGUUUUAGUUGUUUAUUAUUUCUUUCUACAAAUUCAGCUUUGAAUCGCUUUCGACCUUUGAAAAUCAAAACUGUUUUGUAGAAACUUAAUUUUAAUCUUUAUUAUUAUUAUAUUUAACGCGUAUAUGUCGUCGUGUAUUAUUCGCCCACUCCGGGGUAGAGCCAAAUAAAAAAAAUUAAACAAAAAAAAAUUAAAAAAUAAAAAAUCCAAAAAAAUAAACAGUUUGUUAUAUUUCUAUCUCCACUUUUAUUCUCUGCUUGUGUACGUGCACACGUAUCUUUUAAAAAUAUUAAAUUUAUAUAAUAGUUUAACUGAAGAUUUACUUUUAAUUACAUAUAAAUAAAUAACAAAGUCCUUUUAACCUCAGUGGCCAUAAGACAAAAUCAUAAAUCUAUGAUGAAAUGGUUUAAAAACUUUUGAGGUUAAAAGUCCUGCAGUUAUCACUAUUUCCAUUCAGUGUGUACGUACAAAACCUCUUGUUUUUCCCACAUAAAAAAAAUCCCUUUCAAAUCACAUUUAUUUACGCCUAUACAUUAACGAAUUGUAACUUCAAGAAAGCAUCGUUAGUGCAUAAGCGCCUAAAUUCUAUAUGAAAAAAAAUAGCAUCUAAGAGGUUUCAUGUUUUUUCUUAAUUUAGUAUUUCUAUAUAAGACAUUCUAAUUAAUGCCAUCGUACAAAAAAAAUUGUAGAGACAGCACAUAACUACAACAAUAAGAUAAAAUUCAGCAAAAUUUUACCACAAUAGAUUCUAUAAAUUAAUAUAUUCGGUGCAAAAAUGGCAUAAAUUCGGAUGUCGUUACAAUUAUUAGUGCGAGCAACUCUGCUCUUUUAGCAUUUAGGAUUACUUUGUAGCGCUCCUAAUUUUCUUUGAUUCAGUAUUUUGUGGAGUAUUAUAAACAACUUUUUGACUUUAUUAUGGGGCGCUGCUUCUAGUAUAAGUUUACUUUAAUGGAAAAUCAAUUAAAAUUCAUCUUAACCA